CUGAUCCCAUCAUGUCAUCAAGCUUAGUGCCUCUACGCACUCGAGUCUUCUUGCUCACCUAUGUUAUCUCGGAAAUCAACUCGCAAAAGCUACAGGUCCCGUUCUCACUUUCACUCCGGACACAGGAGGAGGCAGUUCAAGUAAUUGCUAGUGUCACUUAUCGACAUAUCACUGGGCGUCGCCGCCAGGCGGGCAAGACAGAACACCAGCAAGUUCACGACUGUGCUGCUACUCUCCUCACAGAUGGAUGUAGUGAACAUAGGGCUGUAGCAGUCCUCAGCAGUCGCUUGGAUAGGGAUUCAUCUUCCGUUCUUGUGAUAAUCAGCCCUCCCCGCAAGAACGUCGUCUCUAAACAUGCAAAGCCCGAGCUCGUUGAAUAUGCCGAUACACUUAUCAACCUUCUCCAAUCUCACGCACAAACACGCAGCCCUGUCACUCUGCACAAUCUUUCAAAUCAUAUCUAUAAGCAUCGCCAUACCAAAGUCAAACUUCAAUCGCAAUCGCUUUUGGAUGCUUUCCUACGAGGAAGUGUGGCCGCUUGUAAAGAAAAAGUUGUCGAAACCCCUAGCUACCAUUGUUAAGCAACUCCACGAGGAUAAGGAACUUCCCCAGGGUUUCUUCGAAGAACCAAACUUUCUGAUCCUCGCGGAAGAUACUCUCACCGCCCCCAUCCUUCUCAUGUAUCGGAUUGUUACUGCGAUCACUCGACCCACACGGUCAGAUUUGUCGCCAGAAGAGCACAUUCACACUGGCAUUGUCGUCUUGAAAGAGAUAAUUGACCUCGUUCCUCCUGGGUACUGGCGUUUGGAGUCAGUCGAUGAUAACUUCCGCGCAUGUUUUGCCGCUCAGGAACAGGAUGUGACCUUGUCUGCAGCCACCGAUUGCGCAGGAACGACCGCUCUUUUCUCCAAACCCCAUUGGGAUCUUCACUUGCGCCCUGUUGGCCUAGACGAGAACAUUCCUGUGGAAACGCCCUCAAUGGGCGUUGGUGAAGCCGCGAGGAUCUUUCUGAGAGGUGUCGCAGCAAUCUAUCAAUAUGAAGCGUCACAUCGCACGUUGGUCAAUCAUUCUCUCUGCAAGCGCAACGUUCCGAUCAAUCUCUCCUUUGUCGAGCUGGAACGCCAGACCUUGAAGAAGUUGUCACAUUCAGAGCUUCAAUCGUUGCUGGAAUCAUGGUCUCUACCGCCCAACCGACUGGCGAAGGAAUGCCUGGCUUGUGCGGAAUCUUCAGUGUAUGCCCCUCACUGCGCGGCUGCUCCUAUGGCCGUUUUUGCCUACUCUCAGGUACAUGCGAACACUGAAAAGCUGAACGGCUACACUACCCCUCCUCCGCCUCCCGAUGUUCUUAAAAGUUGGUUUCCACCAGCCUCUCCUGAGCACGACUGGGCCCUCACGAUUGGCACAGCUAAGAAGUGCUGUCCAGCCUGCUCCCUCCUCUGCUUAACGCUCGAGAAGGUGUUAGGUGUCGAAUUCAAUAUCGCUUCAGGCCAUACGGACUGGUCUCCAUGGUGGGCCCCCUCCUGGCUUCCUGAUUGUGCGCUGGAGAUGAUGGAGACGACUUUACUUGAUUUGCUGCGCGAGCUUCUCUACACCGAUGACUCCGACAACAGACAGGGACUCGCCAAUACUGCUGGUAUCCUCCGCUGAGACGGGCUUAGACGGCAGGCUUUCUUGCAUUCGUCUGGAUGUCCCUUGCUA